AUGAGCCGCCGUAUAGGGGCCGUCAAAUCUCGAACCGGGUGCACAACCUGCAAAAUCCGAAAGGUCAAAUGUGGCGAGGAGAAGCCCAGUUGUCUUCGCUGCUCUAAUACAGGACGCAAAUGUGAAUAUGAGAGCAGAGUGACGCCUCCCUGGAUUCCCUCCACACCUAGCCACGCACUGUCAUGGUCUCAAAAUGCAACACGACGAGAACGUCGCGCAUUUGCAUAUUACUUCCACCAUGUGUCCCAACAUCUCGCAGGUGGAAUGAAUGUGGAUUUUUGGACGGGGGUAGUUCCGCAGAUCUGCCGCAGUGAGCCCGCCGUGUGGGACGCACUGAUUGCAAUUAGCGCAUUAUACGAAAAUCCGAAGCAGUGCAUGGACUUCCAUUUUUUGAAGGACCACCGAAGAAAGGCAAUUUUAUUUGAUUGGGCUCAGGAGGAAGCAUUGACAUGGUACUCGCGAUCAAUCUCUGGUGUCUCUUCGCAGAUCCAGCGAGGCAGCGCAGAUCCGUAUAUUGCACUCAUCAGCUGCGCACUAUUUAUCUGCGUGGAGACGAUCCAAGGACGUAUGGAGAAGGCGUUGGAGCUCUACCGACAGGGUAUCAGUUUGAUACUUGACCUCCGUGCCCAAAUUGAUCAUGGAAGAGUAUCUACUAGCAGGGCUGUUCUGUUGGAGCGCAGCAUUGUGCCCUUGUUUCUACGACUAGGCACGAGUUCGUUGACCAUUUCAGGAACUCAAUUUCCUUUUGAACUUUUUGCCUUUGUAGAAACGGACAUGAGUGCUGGCUUCGCGUCUGUCGAUUCAGCAAGAACCGCUUUGUCCGCCCUAGCUGCGCAAGUUAUCCUCUUUGAGCGCGAAGCGAGCUUACACCUCAAGGCAGUUGGUACGGAUUACGCUGAGACUGUUUUCGACGGCCAUUUUUUAGACUUUGUUACUAUUGUCGAGCAAUCUAAGUUGAUUCUCGAUGCCUCCGCUGGUCCUAAUGGCGCUCAACCACCAUUCACAUUUGAGAUGAGUGUGGGGGUUCCCCUCGCCAUGACUGUGCUGAGAUGCCGUGAUCCAAUCUUGCGGCGAAGGGCUUUGGAUCUAUUGCGACUAGCGCCUCCGAUACAAGGAUUUUUCAAAUGCGUCCCUGUGGCUCUUUUGUCAGAAACGUUGAUGAACCUAGAAGAGGGCUAUCGCCUUGCCCUGAGGCAAGAUAACACGGUGGCAUUACUCCAUAAAGCUCCCAACAACAGUGUUUCGAGCGGUAUAUCAACCGCCAUAACAGCGCAUGAGACAGCCGGGUCACAAGCAGCACUCAUCCCCGAAGAAGCACGUAUACAUGACUACAGUAUCUUCAGACCAAAUGAGUGGCAACCUUCAUGGAUCACUGAGGAAGACCUUGCGCCAUUCUCACAUGAUCCAAACCAACUAUAUCUAGGAUUUUCAAGAAAUCAAUACGACAAGGAAAGUAACAUUUGGCGGCCAACUUUCCAAUGCAUACCGUUAAAGGCUAGUCUUUGA